ACGUGUGAGCAUUAUUGAAAUAAAAUAUUAAGAUACACUUUUAAUAUUUUUUCACUAAUUAGCUAUAAAAUAUUUCUAGAUUAUAAUCUUGCAAAUUGAUAAUCUGUUAGUCAUCCCCACUGAGAUGAAUUUUUAAAAUAGUUGUAAAAAAACAAACAACACUCACUGUAAUCCACCGUGCCUUGGCUCGGACUUCUCCCAUUACUUAAGUUUCCGUGCUGCAUCAGUUCCCCCAUCUCCAGUGAAGCGUUGGUGCGUGUGCCAGCAUAUGGUCACUGCCACACAAAGGAGAGCAGGAGGCCACAAGUUCUGCGCCUCCACCCGUCUUUCAUUACCUUUCUAUCUCACUGGCUCUGACCCCCUCCUCUCUCCCCAAUAGCCAUGCAGGCCAGCUGGCCGCCGCUCAGGUGUCAUUUUCCUGGCUCGGGAAGAGGCAAUGAGUGCAUGAGUUUUUGUUAUUGAAUGAGAGUUGAGCAUGAACGAGAAAGAGAUGGUACCCUGGUGGGAGCCAAAGAGCUCCAGGGAGCUUGUUCUGUGUGCCAUAACCUACUCAUAGCAGCCCGGGAUGGUGCUUCAUCGGGCCAUCCAGGCUGCUCGAGCAGGGGAUCUUGCAAACUUGAGGGAGCUGGCAUCUUCUGGUUACAUCUCAUCUGCCAUCACUGAUGGUCAAGGUGCAGGCCCAGUGCACCACGCGGCAAGGUGUGGACGCCUGGAGUGCCUGCAGUUUCUGGUGAGCGAGUUGGGGCUGGCAGCUGAUGCCCGGGCCUUGAACAGGGCCACACCAGCACAUGAUGCAGCAGCUACAGGCCACAUCCGGGAGCUGCAAUGGCUGGUAGACGUGGGAGGCUGCAACAUUGAGGAUAGGGAUGCUGCUGGUGCCACUGUCCUCCACCUGGCAGCCCGGUUUGGGUGUGUGGAGGUCAUUAAGUGGCUGCUAUCUGUUGGAGGAGUGGCCGAGGUGGAGACAAACUGUGGAGCUGUACCUGCUCACUAUGCUGCAGCCAACGGGGACCUCACCUGUUUAAAAUUACUUCUUCAACAGGCACCUGGUAACUCCCUGUUGGACUACGGAUGUGUGGACCAGCAGACUGUCACCGGCGCUACCCUGCUCUAUCUGGCCUGCCAGGGGGGCCACCUGCAUGUAGUCCAGUACCUUGUGAACGAGUGCGGUGCUGAUGUCCACCUGAGGGCCCACGAUGGCAUGACCUGCCUGCAUGCUGCUGCUCACAUGGGCCACCAAGCUGUGGUGCUGUGGCUGGUGACCACUACUGGCGUCAGCUUGUCCUGCCAGGACAGAGAUGGAGCGACUGCUCUGCACUUUGCUGCCAGCAGAGGGCAUUGUUGUAUCUUGGAGAGGCUGCUUCUCAUGGGGUCAAAGGUCAUCAAGGAUUACUGGGGAGGGACACCACUUCAUGAUGCUGCAGAGAAUGGAGAGCUGGAGUGCUGUAAAAUCCUGUUGGCCAAUCAAGCCAACCCUUCAGAUCGUGAUGUUGAUGGCUUCACAGCAGCCGACUUAGCAGAGUACAAUGGACACCAUGAAUGUGCCAGAUAUCUCUGUGCUUUGCAGAAAAAUACAGCCUUCGCAGAUAAUCCCAUCGAAGUAAUUGCUCCAGUGGAAGAAGUGAAGAUCAAGCCGGCUGUGUUGUUGCAGUGCAGCAGGGAGGACUACUACGGCUGCCUGAGCGACACAUGCACGGACACUUACGACAGUAAGCCAACCAUGGAUAGUUUAAAGCAACCUGAGAGUGAGGAUUCCCCGCAGGCGAGGUACCCUCAGCCCCCUCCUGCACCUCCUUUACCUUGUGCUUCAUCCACACCUGCCCAGCCGGAGAAAACAACCGCUGUCCACAGAAUAGAGAAGAUUCAAAUUGCGACAUCUGUUAUUAAAGGUUUCAAUCAGCCCAAGGCCGCUGGGAGUGAGAUAACUCUCUCUGCUGAUAAGACGAUGUUUCCUGAUGCAAACCUCCUGGGUGAAAGAAAACUUCUUGGCAACAUGACUUCCAUUAAAUCCUUUAAACAAUCAGGAUUAUCAGCAGUUUUCCCUGGACAAGCAGUAAGUGCAGUAAGCCUUCCCAGUUUGUACAUCCUUCCUUUCUUUAGCUAAAAUGCCGUGUC